AUGGAUAUCCUCACGCAAAAGACGCCCACGGCGCUGGCAAUCGCGCAGGCGGUGGGCAUCACAGGCAGUGUAUUCCUGGUUGGCUCCAACGUCUCCCUCUCCGUCGUCGGCAUUCCCGCCGCCAUGCAGGCCCCCGCACCCCUCGCCGUAAAGCAGUGGUACACAAUCUUCACACGCGGCGGCGCAAUCGCCCGCCCUCUUGCUGCCAUCUCGGCGCUGGCAACGGGGUAUUUGGCUUACCACCAAGACCGCACCUCCACCCCCUUCCGCCUAAACGCUCUCGCAACCCUCCUCCUCCCCUCCAUCGUGCCCUUCACGAUCCUCGUCCUCGGCCCCACAAACAACAAACUCAUGGCCAAGAAAGACGAACUCGCCAACGCCUCCCUGCGCGACAAGCACGUCGAGCAGUUUGCCAAGGAAGGCGAGACAGUCAAGGAAUUGAUGGACAAGUGGGCUAGUUUGAACUUGGCGCGCGCGCUGCUCGUUGGUGUCGGUGCGGUGUGUGCUGUUGCGGCGGGUGUUGUCGGCAGGAGGGAGGUUAAGGAGAUUGGACGGUUUGCGGGGUGGGGACGGUAG